AUGUCCUACGAUGAGCGCUUGCUCGCUAGCGCGCCGGUCGCAACCCGUACAGAGAAGCAGGAAGGAUACAACAUCGACCUCCUAGGCGGCGGCUCGCGCGCGGCCCCCGCCGCGGCUGCGCGCCCCGGGUCGGCGACGCCCCCGCCCCCCGCCGCGCUCGACGCCGCGAAGGCGGAGGACGGGUACGCGGGCACGGCGUACCCCGCCCCCGCGCGGCCGUGGUACAAGACCCGCAAGUGGCUGCUGAUCUUCCUCGUCGCCGGCAUCGUCGUCGUCGCCGCCGUCGUGGGCGGCGCCGUCGGCGCCACGGCCAACAAGGGCCACACCAACAUCGUGACGUCCUCGACGGCGGCGAACCCUGGGGACGGCCAGUCGGCGACGACACCCGCCUCGUCGACCACGACGAACGAGGGCGGCGGCUCCGGUCCGUCCUCGGUGUCGGAGACAUCAGCCGGAUCGCCCCCGACGCCAGUUUCCCAAGGCGUAACGACCACGACAGAUCCGGGUAGCCCUGGUAGACCCACUAGUACUUCAUGA